CCCGCACACGCGGGUCUGACAGGUCGGCCGCCGCCGGCGGCAGGCGGGGGCUACCCCGGGCACCUGCGUGGGGAGCAACGAGGUCCCCGGGCGGAAGGAGUGGCUCUGGUUUCCCCGCAGUCUGGUUUGCACGUAAAGAAUGCAGCCAUCUGGCGGCUUGCGGUCCCUGGACUUGCCCCGAAGGUUGAAAUUGGACGGAGAUUGGAUACCUUUUUAGAUAGGUGUUCUUGAGCACCACUGACAACACGGUUCUGACAGUAUUUCAUGACAAUGGAUGGUGACAGUUCUACAACAGAUGCUACCCAACUAGGAAUUUCUGCAGACUACAUUGGAGGAAGUCAUUAUGUGAUACAGCCUCACGAUGAUACUGAGGACAGCAUGAAUGAUCAUGAAGAUACAAAUGGUUCAAAAGAAAGUUUCAGAGAACAAGAUAUAUAUCUUCCAAUUGCAAACGUGGCUAGGAUAAUGAAAAAUGCUAUACCUCAAACAGGAAAGAUUGCAAAAGAUGCCAAAGAAUGUGUGCAGGAAUGUGUGAGUGAGUUCAUAAGCUUUAUAACAUCAGAGGCAAGUGAAAGAUGCCAUCAAGAGAAGCGGAAGACAAUCAAUGGAGAGGAUAUUCUCUUUGCCAUGUCUACCUUAGGCUUCGACAGUUAUGUAGAACCUCUGAAAUUAUAUCUUCAGAAAUUCAGAGAGGCUAUGAAAGGAGAGAAGGGAAUUGGUGGGGCAGUCACAGCUACAGAUGGACUAAGUGAAGAACUUACAGAGGAGGCAUUUACAAACCAGUUACCAGCUGGCUUAAUAACUGCAGAUGGUCAACAACAAAAUGUUAUGGUUUACACAACAUCCUAUCAACAGAUUUCUGGUGUUCAACAAAUUCAGUUUUCAUGAUGUGAAGAAAUGACGGAAUGGGGAGUGGAGAGAAGUGAGCGUGUACGAUUCUGGAACAGAGACAUGAGAGGAAAUGACUGGUGAAGCGCUGUCUCUUUGUAUAUUAAGUAGCUGUAAUGUAGCUUCCUGAUGCUUGACUAAUUGAGGUGUUAAUUCUGACUUGAUGAGACUCUUUUUCAUGAAUGAUUUUAAAGACAAAUUUGGAUUUUAAAGGUAUUAAAAUAUUUUUGUUUUGUACAAGAGUUUGUUGCUCUGUAUGACGCCUGUAUGCAUUGUAUAUUGCAAUUUAUUACUGUCAGAGAUUUGUAGACAGUUUCUUAUUUUCAUAUUGAAUCAUGUUACUUUUGUAAUUCAAGUAAGCAGCUGGGUUAAUUCAUGAUGUUUGCCCUUUUAAUAAAAUAUAAGGGUAGAGUUCAUUUUGAAUGCAAGUUGCCUUUAUUAUAAAUUUGAGUUUGUGUUAGCUAUGUAAUAUCUUGCAUGAUAACCUAGCUAGAUUUUUAGCACUUGCUGUAUUUAUUGAAAUUAAUUUUUUUUUUUUUUUUUGGUAAAAAGCAUUCAUAGCUUAAGCAGCACCAAUUUUUUUUUUUUUUAAUGUAAUUGAAUAAUUAAGUGUGAAUGCAGAAGCAAAUAUUGUCUGCCCUAUUAAACUUGGUGCCCAGUAACAGUGUUUACACUGUUCAUUGUGCCUGUUAAUGUAGUUUUAGUUACUGGAGCUUUUGUUUAACACUAGGUUUGUUUUUGAUUUAUGUUAUUAUGAAUGUUGGAAUUCAUUUCAGUUUAAUGUGGUCCUGGCACUCCUGAAAUGGUGCCCCUUUUGUUUGGUAUUUGAUUUUUUUUCAAAGUAUAUCUUCAAGUAUUAACAGUGUCCUCUUCCAGAAGAGUAUUUUACAGUCUGAUGAUAAAUGUCUUCAUUUUACCUUUUUAAUUGAAAUAUCAGGUUUCCUGUUUUAUCAUGGGAACCAAGAAACAUUGGACAUCAUUGUGUAUACAGACCUUUUGCACGAGUGAGUGAACAAAAUGGAGUGAGUGCUGUGAAGGUAUGAAGUAGAAGCAGUGUGCUAUCUUGAUCUUUGCAAUAAACUAAACUUAGAUAAUGUAACUUUGUAUAAUUUAGCAGUAUGUACUUGAGUUGUUGCUUUUUUAAAGUGAGGAUUUGUAUUUUCUCAUUAUUCUUUUUGGUGAUAUUAAUUAAUAGGAGGGGUUUUUAAAUUGUAAUUUCAAAAGUGGCUAUUGGAUAGCUUGCAAGAAGGAAGCUUGGGUGGACACUGUAUGUAAGGGACAUCCAGGUGUCUGAGGUAGAGCAGUUUCCUAGAUACAGGCUGAGCAGACACGUUCACUUUGCUGGGAAGAACCUUUGGGAGCAGCAUCUCAGAAGUCGGUGACUCCCUCGCCUCCUACCCCCAUUCGAAAAAUAAUCUUUAUUAUAGAAAAUUCAAAAAGGAAAAAAGGGAGAGGGUGGUUAAGCAGAAUCCACAAUCAUCCUACUGUGUUGAAAUAACCAAUGUUAAUAUUUUGAUAAAUAUCAUUUGUCCUCUUACUUUGCUAAAUAUGUAUAUUUUUAUAAAAAUGGGCUCAUAUUGUGCAUACUGUUUUGUAACCUGCUUUUUUCACUUAACAAUAUAUUGUAAACAUGUUUCCCAGGUUAUGCAUAGUCUUCUGCAUCAUUUUUAUUGGUUUGUUACUCUGUUGUAUGACUGAAUUAUAAUUUAUUUAAUCGUCCAUUGGACAUUUUGACUACUGACAACUUUUUACAGUUAUAAACACUUCAAUGAA